ACUGGAUUAAUUGAAUUUGAAAGUGAUAAAUUCUUUCCAAUUGAUACAAAUAAUAAUUUAACAUUAUCAAUUCCAACAAAUUCAAUAAAAUCUUAUAAAGAUUCAGAUGGUAAAAUACAUAAUUAUCAUUUUUGUUUAAAAUUUAAUAAUAAAUUAUAUUUUAAUGGUACAAAUUUAAAUGAAGAGUUUAUUAGAUUCACUGGUGAUGAUGAUGUUUAUGUUUUCAUUAAUGAUAAAUUAGUUAUUGAUUUAGGUGGUUUACAUCAAAAGGAAUCCUCUGAUACAGUAUACUUAUCAAGAUUAGGUUUAGCUAAAAAUAAUUAUUAUAAUUUUGAUUUCUUUUAUUGUGAAAGACAUACAACAUCUUCAAAUUUUAAAUUAGAAACUAGUUUUGAUUUUGGUUGUCCAAUUAAUGAUUGUAGUUGUAAUAGAGAUAGUGAUGAAUGUAAAUAUUAUUGUGAUCAAAAAACUUGUGAUGAUGGUAAUGAAUGUACAUUUGAUUUUUGUCCACCUAUUGAUACAUUUUUUGAAGAUUCUGAAUUUUCAUCAUUUAAUAUGAAAUCUUAUUGCAUUCAUAUUGAAAAAGAGAUAAAUUUAAAGCCAAUUGAUAAAUGUUUAAAUGAUUUAAAGUGUAAUCCAAUAACUGGUAAAUUUGAAGCAAUAGGUGAACCAAUGAAAUGUAAUGGUAAAUGUCAUACUGGUGUUUGUUCAAAUAGUACUUGCAUUGAAAAAGAUUCAAAAUUCUGUUCCAAAGAACUAAAUGAUAAUGAUCCAAAUAAAUCUUUCUUUUGUGAUCCAAAUAUUGGUUGUAGGGCAUCAAUUAUUAAAACAUCUAAACCAACUCCAACUCCAACACCAACAUUAACACCAACACCCACACCAACACCCAAACCAACAUCAACACCCAAACCAACAUCAAAACCAACAUCCACACCUACACCAACACCCAAACAAACAAAGAGUCCACCACCAUGUGAUGGUAUAAUAUGUAAAACAAAAUAUGUUUUUAAAAAGGUUUGGAAUACUUUAUUUAAUUAA